AUGGUGAAAGAUAUUAACCGGCCUGGAAACCUAAAAGUGCAAAUCUUAGAUUUCGAAGAUGGGGAAAUGGUUGUUCAUGAGAUAUCUACAUCUUUCCUUUGUAUAGAAGUUACAGAGAAGCAGGUUGAAGAUCCCAUCUUGAUACAGAUCAUGAAAGAUGUGGUGUUUCAUGUGUCCAUGUUGAAAAAGUGUAUUGGAGAUCAUUCUCUAGUGUUGCCAGUGGAAAAGAUCAAAGUGACAGACUCCUUAUCCUAUGAAGAAGAACCUAUACCAACUUUGGAUCGUCAAGUUAGAAGAUUGAGGAACAAAGGGAUAGCUUCAGUUAAAGUAUUGUGGAGAAAUCAGAAAGUUGAAGAAGCAACUUAG